AUGCAGGCAAGUACUGUGCAAAGUGAUAGCGACAUUCCUCAAGAACUUUGCGUCAAGCCCUUAGCUUUGGUGGGUGUAUCAGGCUUAGAUGUUGUAAACAAUGCUGUGCACAAGUCUAUUUGGGAGACGUUCAGUGGUAACAGGCGGAUAGAAAGGGCACCGGUGCUGUUUAAGAUAUUAGGUAACGCCCAAGAGUUUCCGAUCGUGAAACCGAGAAGGACUUCUUACGACUGGUACAUUCCUAAAGGGAUUUUGAAGAAAAACUGGAUGAACAAGCAUUUGUACGAAAUACCCGCCGUUAUUGUGAUAUUUUACGAUUUAGAUUGGAAUGAUCCACAAUGGAAUGAGAAAAUGAUGGAGUGUGCUUCCAGAGUACAGUCGAUGAGAGCUGCUUUAGAAGGCAGGAAUACGAGAUUGACGAUAGUUUUAAUGCAAAAUUCACCACCUUUACCACAAGGGGAGGAUUCGUUAGCAGCCGAGAAAGCCGCCGCUCUGUGCUCUAGCUGUGAUAUACAUUCACAAUCACUGUUCGUAUUGCCACAUGGGGAUCACUUACAAGGCUAUGCAGUGAGAUUAGAAAAUGCAUUCUACGAGUACGCCCAAGUUUACUACCAAAACGAAGCUAAGCAUAUCAAAUCGCAUAAAGAACAUUUGAACAAAAACUCCCACCAGUAUCUAUUCGUUAGGCAUCAGUUCAAAAUAGCGUUUUUGUCCGAAAUGAGACAGGAUAAUCAUACGGCACACAAACAUUACACCAACGCUUAUAAUAAUUUGCUAGACAUCAGGAUUGUCGAUACGAAUGCUUUAGAAAUUAGGACGAUAGCAGGUUUCAUCAACUACAAACUGUGCAGACUUUUGUUUGUCUUAAAUUUACCCCGUGAUGCUAUAUCUCAAUUCAAAUCCCACAUAGAGAGAUUCAAAGCCAGGAUCGGUUUCCAUGAGCUAACAUUCGAACACUACGCCUGGCUGUCUAAACAAUAUUCCGUUUUUGGUGAUAUAUUUGACGAAGCAGUUAAAUUAGGCCUGCCGGCCGUACAAACCCAACACCCAGGUAUUUAUUACCAGCAAGCGGCUCAGUAUUGUACACAAAGAAAGAAAUUAUGCCACGAGUUGUGCACUACUGUCGCCACUUAUCCUCAACCUGAUCCUUUGCAAGGCGCGAAUAAUAUGGAAUUCUAUGGGCAAAGGCCUUGGAGACCUGGCAAAUUGACUGCUGAUCCUCCCGAUCCCCAUUUGGAAUCCAGCGGUAUACAAGCGUUGCAGUAUUUGGAAAAACAAGUCAAUCAUUCGUCAUUGAUAAUAACACUUUACGGUCUGGCGAUAUCGCAAUAUAAAAUGUACAGGUGUCCGAGAACCAGAAGGUAUUUAGUGCUGCAAAUGGCUGAUGAGUAUUACGAUUCUAACGAUUACGGUAAAGCCUUAACUUUGUAUACUCAUAUGUUAACGGAUUUCCGUAACGAGCAAUGGUGGGAUAUCCUGUCGAGAAUCCUGGAAAAGGCCAUACUUUGCGCUUAUCUAACGGCGAAUGUGCAAGAUUACGUGGCUUUGGCUCUGGAAAUUUUAGGGGCUAACAUUAAAACCCCUUUAAACGAAAAAAGGAGGAUAUAUGAAAACUUGAUGCGCAUAUUGAAAAAACUGAUUCCGUUCGGGGAUCCCAAAUUAUCUCAAGAAAUCUUACAAAACGCCAUUAUUCAUUGGCAACCGGUGUUCACCGAUAAACGCUUCAAUCUCACAUUAGACAUGUACAAUAUGAUUGCGAGCGUUUCGGUUAAAGCCAGAUUCACUAAAAAAACCUACGAAGUGAACCAGAACGUUAUUCUAGAAAUAUUUAUUAGAUCCACGUGUCCGUUUCCUUUAACUCUAACGAAGGUAUCUGUUACAUUAACUCUACAGAAUCAAAAUUUGGAAUACACCGUACCGGAUUUGGACGAAUACUCAUUCAAUUUUCAUAAAGACGAAGUUAAAAAAUACGUUAUAGAAUUUUUGGCCGAUUGCAAGGAUAUUAACAAAGACAUCCAUAUUCAUUCCGUAAACAUAUUCAUGGGCAACCUGGAGGAUUGCCAUUUGAAUUUAAAAUACCCGCCGUUCGUGGAAGUGAACAGGAACCAUCCGGAACUGUGCCAUUUCAAAUUGAACAGCGACGUAUUGGAUUUCGAUAACGUACAAUUGAUCACUCAAGCUACGGUAGUGCCCAGAGAAUCGAAAUUGAAAGUCGAAUUUCGCCACAACAAUCCCGCUUUGUUGGGAGAAUGGUACGAAAUCGAGGCGAUCGUCACCAACGAGGAACUCCACGAUAUCGUCGAUUUGAAAAUUGAAGUUUGGAUCGAAGAAGAAAUUGCCAACGUGGAAUUGUCUCUGCAACCGUCCGACAAGGAGAAGAAACUGAACCUGGUGUUGAACAACUCGCAGACAUUGCAGAGCGGCGAAGAAAUCGCUACGAAUUUCUUCGUCAGAUCGAACUUGGUGUGCAAAUGCAACAUCCAAUCGAAACUGACGUACGUAUUGAACGGCGACAAGCGGAUAUUGAGCAUAAAAACCGAGAAACUGCCUCUGGUCGUCGUCGAACCGUUCGAAGUAUCCACCAAAUACUUAUCGAUUCUCAUGGACGAAAUCGACAAGUUCUACGUCGACGAAGAAUUCGGCAUCAUGAGCUACGUGAAAUUCACUUCCCCUUGGCCGAUUAUCAUCGAAGAUACUUCGCUCGAUUACUUAUUCCCGGUGAUUCCGGCCGAAAAAAACCAAUCUAGUCAAAUAGCGGGAAAAAUGUUCAACAAGGACGAAAUCGCCGCCGAAUUGCGCUUGGCCAAUUGCAACAAAGCCAACAUAAAAUCAACCAACGUUGGCAACUACACGAUAAAAUGGAGAAGGGAAGGCGGUCACGGCGCUUCGACGACGUUGAACGUGAUCGGUUUGACCUGCGACUGGCUCGCCGUCGGAUUGAAACUCAUCGUGCCCGCCCACGGUUUCGUCAGGACUCCGAUGAUCGUCGAAUAUCGAUUCGAGAAUCGAUCGCACGAACUCAUUCGAUUGGAUCUUUCGAUGGAAGCGAGCGAAUCUUUCAUGUUCUCCGGCCGUAAACAGUUUUCCAUUUCUCUAUUGCCUGUUUCGACGAGGACUCUUCAAUAUAAUCUGACGCCUCUGUAUACGGGCAGCGUGGUACUUCCCCGAUUGGGUUUGACAAUAUCGGAGAGCAGUGAAAACGGGCCGCCCGUCAUCAGACAAGACCAGCUGAAUUCGCUGAUAUACAGGACGUUACCUACUCACGUAUACGUUAUGCCGCAACUCAGAGGCGAGGCGAACCUUCCGGAAACGUUGAAGUCUUCGGAGAACGUGGCUGUGAUCGGAUAG